AUGGCCAUCGCUGCCAUUGGUCAGAUCUGCUCGACGGCCUCCAUGGCCCAUAACCUGGAGCAGUGCGUGAGCCUCGUCCACCGAGCAGCCGCAGCAGGGGCCAAGGUGCUCUUCCUGCCGGAAGCGUCCGACUACGUUGCCGCCUCGCCGGCCGAGUCGCUGCAGCUGGCCCAGCCGGUGCGGCAGUCGCCCUUUGUGCGCGGCCUGCAGGCGGCGGCGCAGCAGCACGGCAUUGCCGUCCAUGUGGGCGUGCACGUGCCCGUGACGGUGCGGGCGGCCACGACGGUGACAAGCACCGUGGCGCCGACCGUGAUCGAUCCAGCGGCCCAUACGAAGAAGCUGCUCAACCGAGCCAUCUGGAUCGACGAGGCCGGCCAGCUCGACGACGACGACGCGGCCGCCUACGACAAGCUGCACCUGUUCGACUAUGCCGGCGCGGGCCUGCGCGAGAGCGCCCACACACAGGCUGGCACGCAGCUGCGGUCACCUCGCGAGACAGCCAUCGGCCGCGUCGGCAGCCUCAUCUGCUUCGACCUGCGCUUUCCCGAGGUCGCGCUGGCACUCGGGCAGCCAGGUAGCAGCAGCAUCCCCCACCUCCCUGCGCACAUCAUCGUGUAUCCUUCCGCCUUCACAGUCCCGACCGGUCGGGCACACUGGGAAGUGCUGUUGCGCGCGCGGGCCAUCGAGAGCCAGUGCUACGUCGUGGCGGCGGCACAGGUCGGACGGCACAACGAGCGGCGGGUCAGCUACGGACGCAGUCUCGCGGUCGACCCUUGGGGGCGCGUGCUCUGCCGGCUGGGCGGCGUGGUUAAUGGCGAGGCCGAGGACGGGUCCGAGCCGGGCGAUGCUGAGGACGGCGCCGUCGGACAGCUCGGACUCGUCGACAUUGACCUCGCGGCGUGGGCCAGCAUACGCGAGAAAAUGCCGUUGGUUCGGCGGACGGACGUCUACCCGGAAAUCACAUAUUAG